GUUAAGCUCGGCAACACCCAUGCUCUUAUCCUUUUGUGCUUUAUUCUUUCUUAACACUUUCACUAGGAUUAAUUUCGGUUCUGCUGCGACUGUUUUGUGCCAAAUUUAGAAAAAACUUAGGACAUAAAACAUUUUUUCUGAAAAUAUUGGGCCCACUACCAUUUUCUGUCUCCCCUCCUAAACACAACAGCCGAUUUCAGAAUGCGUGGAAAGCUUAGGCAAGAAGUACCUGCUGCAACACGUUACUCUAAAUGCCACAGAUGUGCCCCCCUCCUCCUACUACUUCAUCUGCAUGCGUGUGUUAAAAUACAUUAAUGGCAGAGGAGCUCCCAUUUCUAAAGAAAACAAGUUCGGUGUACACCCCCCCCCCCAAAAAAAAAACCCCGCAUAUUUUGUAAUGUUGGCCUUGUACUUUACAGAUCUACAAAUUAAUGCAGACGCACAAGACUUUUUUUAGGGUUUCCGCUCGUAAAACACGGACGACCUAACGAUUAUAUAGCGCAACCGCUCUUCAAGUACUUCUGGAUAUUUGGGUCCCAGUGAAAGAAGAAUGGAAUUUCGUUUAUACCAAGAAAAACGAUUUACGUAAAAGUACAAUGAAUUUUUAUUUCUUAUGAGCACCAACGGUUAAUUGUAAGAAGCGCACAUGAAGGAUUUGGUGCGUAACUGUCCGUCUCCUCUUAUUAAACGCCAACUAACUGAACGUGUAGAAUACAAAUCAAGGCACAAAUUGUACUGACAUCUGUUAUACUAUAGGUCCGAGAAAUGUUACAUAAAAGACGUAACAACCGUACAAGUAAACAUGCUUGACUGCGAAGAACAUUCCGCAACGGUCUUUUUGCAGACUUAAAAAUGGGGGCGUACCUGAUGUUGGUGGUUUUGUUCCCAGAGAUGGGAGGGGGCGGGGUAGGCGACCGCCACUCCACCUAACCAGCAAUAUAGUUAAGCCAGUAAUUCCACCUUAAGAAUCAGCGCUUGCGCAUAGCAGACCUUCCGCCAGACUCGGCAGUGCCGGGGAAGCAGAUUGGCAGCAAGUGGUACGGAGGUUGGCAAGUAGCGGCGGGCGGCAUGUCGGAGCAGCAGCGGUACCGUGAAUGGAUACUCGAGACCAUCGACUCGCUGCGCUCCCGCAAGGCCCGUCCCGACUUAGAACGCAUCUGUCGCAUGGUUAGAAGGCGGCACGGGCCAGAACCCGAACGCACGCGCGCCGAGCUAGAACGGCUGGUUCAGGCGCGCGCUGUCUUGCGGGUCAGCUACAAGGGUUCAAUCUCGUACCGCAACGCGGCCAAAGCGCAGGCGCGUGGGGGUCGACCCGAACCCCUUCCAGAACUCGAACUUGAGAACCUGAAUUGUCACUCUCCGUGCAGGAGUAAGAGUGGGAACGGGAGCCCCCAGGAAAAGAGUAGUAGUUUUAACCAGACUUUGGAGUCUGGUGCCAGGGAGGCUGUUGGGAGCCAUAUUCAAGUGCCUAGGGUCAAGGGCAGUAGUAUUGCUCAGACAUUAGUGUCUGGAACUAAAGGGAAUUGUGCAACACCAGGGUCUGGAGGCAAGGGCAGUGGUGCGAGUACCAUCUUGGGGUCUGGGGUGAGUAGCAAUGAUGGGAGUCAGACUGUAGGGCUGGACCUAAAGAGUAACAAUGGGUGUUGCAACCUGCUGUCUGCAGUUGUGAGUAGUGGGAGCCCAAUACAUGUAUUUGGGGAAAAGGACAAGGGAAGCACCGGAUGCCAGAUUUUGGGAACUGGUACCAGUGGUGGUGGGCAGAAUCCGGGAUCCACCUCCAAGCAUAGUAAUGAGGGUCAGUUUCAGGGACGCUGGGAAAAGGGAAGUAAUGGCAUUUGGGAUAGAGACGGUGCAGCAAUUGAGGAAAUGGAUACCAGUGAAAGGAACUUCAGUGAUGUGCAAGCACUGCGGCUUGGGACCAAGGAGAGGAUAAGUUGUGGGUCACCAUUCCAGGGGCAUAUGGCCCGGGAGAGUCAUAGUGGUGGAACUAAGGAAAGAGAUGGUAAUGAUGUUCUUUUGCUGCAGUCAGGGCCAAGAGAGAGGAGCAAUGGUGGAGCUCGACCUCCGGAACUUGUGGUUGAGGAAAAAGAUAAUAUUAACAUUCAGUCUCGGCAGUCUGGACCAAAAGAACUUGUUAUUGGUGGGACCCAGUUACAUGGCCAGCUGACAAGGGAAAGGAAUAGUAAUGUGAAGGAAUCUGAUUGCAAGGAAAAAGACUUUACAGAUGUAUAUACACAGCGUACUGGUACUAGAGAGCGGAGCAGUGGUGGGUCCCAAAUGAAGGGGUCUGUGACUAGAGACAAGGUUAGGGAGCAGGGUGCUGGGAUUCAUUCUGCAGUUUCUGUAACUAGAGAACGGAGUAAUACUGGGAUUCGGUCUAAUGUUGGCAGGACAAGAGAAAGGGGUAUUAGUAGUGGGUUUGAUAGGAUUGGUCCUAAUGAGUUAGGGGAACUUGUUGUUCAUGCAGUACAGUCCCUGGUUGAGAGAGCAGAAGAUGCUG